CUCUCCACAGCUACAUUACAUAACGCCUCAUGUACAUAUUAAACACUUGUAAUAUAAAGUUGUGUUGAUGUGAGUCAUGAAGUGGGGAAGCUUCAUGCUAUCUGUUAUCUGAUAUACAAAAUGUUGGUUCUCAAGAUAACGAGACAGAAAACAGAUAAAUUUAACUUCUUAUCGCGAGAAAACCGGGAAAUAAAAUGUUUGAAUGAUGGCCGUUUAGGUUUUUCCUCAGAACUUUAUCUUUUCUUAUCGCCAUGAAUCAGACGCCUCGCUGCACACACACACAUUUAGGGCAGAUCUCCAGCUGGUGGACGGAUGUAGGGCAGCUGCAGCUAUAUCAGUCCCUCUCCCUGUGGACACACACACACACACACACACACACACAGGUCUACCCUCAUCUCAGCCUCCCAGGAUUUCCCUCCAAGCUUCAGGGGAAGAAAUAUAUUUCCAUCACAGACCAGCGUUUAGAGAAAACACAAUUAUUAAAGUAGUUGCAUCUCAUCUUCAUCUCAUGCAGAAAGAAUAACGUUUACAACAGGAAGGAAAUCUUCCUUAUUUAUUUAUUAUUCCUUGUAGUCUGGACAUUCCACAUUUGGAUAAACUCAUGCCUCAUCCCAUCAAACCAUGUACACACACCUCACUGCAUGCUGUGAGUGACGGGUCUGUGUGUGUGUGUGUGUGUGUGUGUGUGUGUGUGUUAGGUGGAGGAGCAUUAUAAGAUGAACAGACAGACUUCUCCUGCAUUGCAGCACAAGGUCGCCAACCGGAUCUCGGACCCAUCGCUGCCGCCCCGCUCCGAGUCCUUCAGCAGCGGAGGCAUCCAGCAGGCCCGCACCCCGCCGAUGCACCGCUCCGUCGAACCACAGAUGGCCCACCUGGUGCAGGUGAAGAGUCACGGUCUGUCAGGCUCCCAGUCUCUGUACGACCCACACGGAGUGUCCUCCUCCUCGGCGUCGCCCUCCCCCUCCCGGCCUCCCAUGCCCCGGCAGAACUCCGACCCCACCUCCGACACCCCUCCUCCCCUGCCCCUCUCCCGCCUGGCGCCCCCCCUCGACAAGUUGGACCGCAGCUCCUGGCUGCGGCAGGACGACGACAUGCCCCCAAAGGUUCCUCAGAGGACGACCUCCAUCUCUCCUGCUUUGGUCAGGAAGCACUCUCCUGGAAACGGACCUGGCCUGGGACCCCGGGCUGGAGCUCACCUCAUACGGGCCAGCAACCCCGACCUGCGGAGGACCGACGUUUCCAUGGAUACACCCAUGAAGAGGACGAGCAGCGGCAGCUCCUCGAGCUCCAGCACCCCCAGCUCCCAGGGAGGCUCCAACGAACGAGGUAACUCAGCCGCUAAGACUGAAGGCUCGACACUUUCUUCCCACGAGACCAAAGAUGACGGCAGAGAAGUGACGAGACCAAGCAGGCCUGCAGACCUGACGGCUCUGGCCAAAGAGCUGCGAGAGCUGCGGCAGGGGGAGGAAACCAGCCGCCCGCCCGUCAAAGUGACGGACUACUCGUCGUCCAGCGAUGACUCUCACAGCAGCGAGGACGAGGAGGGAGAGGGCGGGGCUAAUGAUGGGACGGUGGCCGUCAGCGACAUACCACGCAUCAUGCCGGCAGCGAGUCAAGGUCCCAACGAGCCCUUCAGCCUGUUGGGACUUCACAACGAAGGCCACGACGACUCGUAUGGAAGCAGCUCCCAGGACAGCACCCUGAGGAUGCGUGAGUACGGGAAGGGGAGCAGCGGAGGCUCCAAGUCUUCCUUCACACCGUUCGUGGAUCCCCGGGUGUACGGGACCUCCCCGACUGACGAGGACGACAACAUCUCUGCCUCAGCGCUGUUUGCUGACGAGCUGCUGAAGCACGAGCAGGAGCAGGCGAGGCUCAACGAGGCCCGCAAGAUCUCCGUGGUCAACGUCAACCCGACCAACAUCCGGCCGCACAGCGACACGCCCGAGAUCCGCAAAUACAAGAAACGCUUCAACUCUGAGAUCCUCUGUGCGGCUCUCUGGGGAGUGAAUCUGCUGGUGGGGACGGAGAACGGCCUGAUGUUGCUGGAUCGAAGCGGUCAAGGGAAAGUUUACAAUCUGAUCAACAGACGACGCUUCCAACAGAUGGACGUCCUGGAGGGACUCAACGUCCUCGUCACCAUCUCAGGGAAGAAGAACAAGCUGCGUGUUUACUACCUGUCCUGGCUGAGGAACAGGAUAUUACACAACGACCCGGAAGUGGAAAAGAAGCAGGGCUGGAUCACAGUUGGGGAGCUGGAGGGCUGCGUGCACUACAAAGUCGUGAAGUACGAGAGGAUUAAAUUCUUGGUGAUUGCUCUGAAGAACUCAGUGGAGAUCUACGCCUGGGCGCCGAAACCUUACCACAAGUUCAUGGCCUUCAAGUCGUUCACGGACCUGCAGCACCGCCCACAGCUGGUGGACCUGACGGUGGAGGAGGGUCAGAGGUUAAAGGUCAUCUACGGCUCCAGUGUCGGCUUCCAUGUCAUCGACGUGGACUCUGGAAACCCCUACGACAUCUACAUCCCCUCACAUAUUCAGGGUCAGGUGACCCCGCACGCCAUCGUGGUUCUGCCCAAGACGGACGGCAUGGAGAUGCUGCUGUGCUACGAGGACGAGGGCGUCUACGUCAACACCUACGGACGCAUCACCAAAGACGUGGUGCUGCAGUGGGGCGAGAUGCCCACCUCCGUCGCCUACAUCCACUCCAACCAGAUCAUGGGCUGGGGAGAGAAGGCCAUUGAGAUCCGCUCCGUGGAGACGGGACACCUCGACGGAGUUUUCAUGCACAAGCGAGCUCAGCGACUGAAGUUCCUGUCGGAGAGGAACGACAAGGUUUUCUUCGCCUCGGUGCGUUCUGGAGGCAGCAGCCAAGUCUUCUUCAUGACCCUCAACAGAAGCUCCAUGAUGAACUGGUAACCUUCUCCUGCGACAACACAACCCUCCUCUUCUUCACUCAUCGGCCGCAUCCCGAGAGAGGGAGGACAGCAGGACACUGUGUGUGUGUGUGUGUGUGUGUGUGUGUGUACGAUGUGUGUGUGUGUGUGUUUGUGGAGGAAAUCAACGAGCUGCUGGAUGAUGGAGCAGGGGAGUGUGCCCCCCCCCCCCCGUAUAGAUACCCUCCAACUCCAGGGGGCGCUGCAGUGGCUCCACACACUGACAGUGGCCUUCCCUGUGGACGGCUCUGGAGGGUUUUGAUCCAGACUUUAACGGACGCUGUCAUCACGCCGAGUAGCCUUUGACUUCCCCACUGGAGCGGCGCUGUGGAGCAGCUCUCUGUAGCACAUCGAUGAUUCUUACAGGGUGUUCACACUGCGAGUACGACUCGUCCUUCCACUCCGCUCGUUGGUGGUGAUGCAGCUGUGCUGACUCCAGUCGCACGUCUUGUACUGCGCUGUGUUAUAGUGAGGAAACAUUACUGUAGCAUCAGAAGAAGAAAACCAAAACCGUUUUAAAAGUCCCUCCGAGCUGAACCCAAACCUUUGCAGCUCAUCCACACCACUAAGUCUUGUGUCCACACUGAGUGUGUUCCUCUCACAAACAUGUUCCCGUUUAGAAACAAAGUUCAUCAAUCAACUCUGACCAAAUGUUUUACUGCAGACGAGCGAGAAUGAGCUUCUGGAGGUCGACCUGCCAACGGUGCGGCGGGGUGAGAGCCAAAUAUACGAUAACGACAUUACUCGCGUUAAAUACAAUAUUAAAGUGUACUCCACUCUUGACUCAGACCAGCAGCACGGUCUCUCCUUUAUCUAAAGUAUUACCAGCUCCUCCCUGGCACCCUGCAGAGUAGCACAGCACGAGUCUGCAGGGGGGCUGUGGAUAUAAAGCUGUAUAACAUGAGCUGUGAGUGACAUGUGAACAAAGCCCUCUGCACAAAGCUUCAGAAUAUAGAGAGGAAUGAAAGUGGAAAGUUUGGUGUAUGUAAGUGCUGCUGAAGUGGAGACUUCUG